AAAAUGUCAAAGUGAAAUUUGUAUUGGUUUUACUGUUUCGGUUCCGUGUUCAGUAUGCCUUCAGGCUUUAUCCGAAAUGGAGCGUUCUAGCAUCAGCCUCGAGGAAAAUAAAAAAAACCGCCUCACCUUGAAAAAGAUCAAGAGCAUUGAUAAAAUACAUAAGACAUAUUUACCUAAAACGUCGGACAGCAAAUUAAAGAAAUUACCCACUUCUAUACUGAAAGUUAAAAACACCGAAAAUAGUAAAAUUGAAAAUAACAAUGUUGAUCCUAAUAAUAAUAAUCUUUACCAUUACACCGCGUCCACGACAACUUUAAAGAACGAACCCCAAGAAGAUGUUACUAACAUGUCCGAUGCUACUGGUAUACAACAAUCCGCGGACUUAGAAAAUCAUCGUGCUCGCAUUUCAUCCGGGCAAAUGAGUAAGCGAAGUGUGAAUUCUUUAUCCUCUGAGUGCUCGGCCAACGGCGGUGCUCCGGUCAAUUUUAACCAGCUGAACUGUGUGACCUUCGCCGAACCGGAAAUAGGAAAUAUUUCUUUCUCCGACCUAGAAUCAUCUAGCUCCACAAUGAAUAAUGAAUCUGAGAUGAAUAAUCCAUCUGAUCUGGAUGUAGAUGUUACCUAUUGUUGCUGCGACCAAAGUUCUAUGCAGCCAGAUCAGGCUUUACACCAGCCUGAUCCAAUAGAUAGAACAACACCAUCGGAUUCCAGUUCCGACGAGCAGCAAGAAAUUACGGAAGAGGAUCCAUGUUUGUCGGAUUCUAAUGAGGAAAUCGCUGAGGGUGACGAGGAUUCCGAUGACUUUGAGCAGAACGAAGAUUCAGAGGAUCGCGGUUUUCAAAUGCCAGAUCCUGAAAUCGGCAAUACUAUCACGGAACGUAUUACUACUACUACUGUUACGCGCUCGGUGAGCAGUUUUUCCAUAGGGCUACGAUCCCCCAGCUUUCCAUCAAGUGGGACUUAUGGUGGGCCGCCUCCGCCGGAGGAAUUCAAUUGUCUGGAUAUCGACGGAUUCCUGAGAACCCAACACCGACGACCGCCACCGAGACCAAACCGCGAAUGCCGCUACGUCAACGAUAUGAUGCACAGCCAAUCGGUUUAUAUGUCCGAUUACAGGCCGAUUAUACCCGGUCAGUUUAACCAAGGAUACGGACCUCAGCCUUUUUACGGAGGACGCCGUUUCCGGGAUAUGCCAAUGCGCGGCGCAUUUGAACCCAGAUAUCCCUACCCUCCGGACAUGCCAAUAGGAGGUGGAUAUCCCGUUCCCACUGAACCGAUUUUUAUAGGACCCCAUCCGGAAGGCGGAUUUGAAGUCAAUUAUGCCUUUCCCCCUGACCCGUUUUCUUCAAAUCCCUGGGUUGGUAGCUGUCCUCCACCUGUACCCAAUCCAUUCCCCUAUUCACCUUGUUACUCCACUGGAAUCUAUGGAACGGGGGCCAACUGCAUGGAUCCACAAGGCCGCCAUUGUCCUAAUUGUUCAGGCCCCGGUUAUUGCCGUCCAUCUCCAUGCGGUCCCCCCAUGUGGGGUCCAUAAGGUUUACAUUGACGGACAGAAGCGGGAUAGGGCAGAAGACCACGAUCGUUAUGAAGUGAGAUCCUCAUGAAAAUACAGAUACAAGC